AUGUGGAAGCCAAAGAAAGUGCCUCGCAACAGUCCAAAAGCCUUGCCAAGAGGUCAUCCGGCGCUUCAGCAGGGACAUGAUGUGAACUCCAAGCAGCUCUACAAAGGCUUGCAUUGGCUACUUUGGAUCUCUGUGCUGGCCAACACCGCGCCCAUUGCUGUGCUGCCUGGUCGCGAGGGCAGAGUCUACCGUCAUCUUCAUAUCUGUUGGAUGAUUGUGUGCUACGGCUGGUUCUGUCAGGCCUCCUAUUGGGAACUCGUUCUCAACACCCUGAAAAAGGUUUCCCUGGAUUGCUAUUUGAAUGCGGUGGAAUCGGCCAUCUACGUGGUGCACAUUGGCUCAAUCUUGGUCCUUACAUUUCAAUGGAGACACAGGAUACCCGCCGUGCUUGAUGGCAUCGUGAAGUCGGAUCUGGAGAGGGGAUAUACGAUUAAGUGCCAGCAGAUCAAACGAUUUUUGCGGCUACAGCUGUCGCUGGUCUUGGUGUUGGCCUGCUCAGCGUUUGUCAUUGAUAUUUGCAGCCAGAGAUUUGUUGUCCUCAAGGCAGUACUGAGCAUCAACAGCUAUGUGAUGCCCAACAUCAUCAGCAGCCUCUCCUUUAUCCAGUACUAUGUCCUGUUGCAGGGCAUCGCUUGGCGCCAGGCCGCCGUCACCGGCUCGCUGCAACGGGAGCUCCAGCAGUUCCCACGUCGGUGGGAGGUACACAAACUUCGCUUGCAACACACUGAAUUGACGCGCUUCACCAAGCUGGUGAACACAGCAUACCAAUAUUCCAUUGUCUUGCUGGUGAUUGGCUGCUUCUUCAACUUUAACCUGAAUCUGUUCCUUGUGUACAAGGGCAUUGACGUUCCGGAGAUGACGGACUCGAUCAGGUGGCUCUACCAGGUGUUGUGGCUGGCCAUGCAUAUGGGCAAGGUGCACAGCAUUCUCUACUUCAACCACAAAGUGCAGCAGGAGCAAUCCAACUGCUUGGCCCUGUUGAAUCGCGUGCAGUGUGUGGAUCCCGAUCUUCUGGAGACCCUUAACCACUUUAUCCUUCAAUUGCAAACAAAUGUGCGACAGCAUGUGGUCUGCGGCGUCAUUGUACUGGAUCUCAAAUACCUUUCGGCUCUUCUGGUGGCCUGUGCAAACUUUUUUAUAUUUCUUCUGCAAUACGAUGUCACCUACGAAGCCCUGUCCAGGCAAGGCAAUUCUUCAAAAACGUAGAAUCUCAGUUCCGGCGAAACAUAAUUUCCCUGGCCAUAAUUUGAAAAAUUCAAUAUAAUAGGAAUAAGAAUAAGCAAGUACCCUUGGAGGGAAGG